AUGGGAAACGACGAAUGGUUCUUUUUCACGCCGCGCGACCGGAAAUACCCGUCCGGGCUGCGGUCGAAUCGCGCCACGCCUGCGGGGUAUUGGAAGGCGACGGGGAAAGACCGGCCCGUGUUCGCCGCGAAUCGCGGUGGAGGAGGAGGGAGCUCGAGCAGUGGCGGUGGAGGUGGAGGUCCCGGCGCGACGACGGUUAUUGGCUUUAAAAAGACGCUCGUUUUCUAUCGCGGGCGUGCGCCAGCGGGCGAGAAGACGGACUGGGUGAUGCAGGAGUACCGCCUACCCGACAGCUCCGACGACAUCGCCAGCCUAAUGCUGCCAGCCGGCAGUUCCGCCGGCUGCGCUGACGUCACCAUUGCUGCGCCGCCGUCCCCGUCCGCGUCGGGCUGGCAGAGCGCAAGCGGCCCGUCGGGAAUGACUCUGUCGCAGUGGGUGGUCGUGCGCGUGUACACGCGCGGAGCGCCUCCGCAGCAGGCGCAGCCUGGGCAGGGCGGCGGAGGAAGCGGGGGGCGACUAACAACGCCAGGGGGCUUGGGCCACGCGCUCCAGGCGCACGCGGAAAGAGCCGCGGGAAAGCCGGGGAAAGCGGGAAAAGUGGUGGGAAAGUCGGAACCAGAGGAGGAGUCAGAGCAGCAGCGGAUGAUUUUGGACUCCGGCGGCAGCGGCGGAAGCGGAAGCUUCCUGUUCGGAGGCCUGGGUUCGAAUCCUGACGGGCGCAUUUCAACACUGGCAAGAGCGCAAAGCUUGGCACAAUCCGCUGUUAUGGAGGAGGUGGGCGAAGGUGAAGAAGAGAGCCAGGGGAAGGUUGAGGGAACCCAGAACAGGGCAGAGGCGCAGAUGGCAAGCGGGCGAAAAGACGGGCAAAACAACGGGCAGGAAAAGAAGCAGGAAGGUGGAGGAACCGACUCCGCAGAGGCCUUCUCGAAGCUUCUUGCCGAGUAUGCGGCAGAGCAGAGAGACAACAACGGGCCUGCGAAUAUUCUCUCCUGGCAGACGGACCCAGCAGCCACCGCAAGUGUGUUUCCUGCAAGCCAGGAACAGCAGAUGCAGCCGAGGGAGGAGGCACAAGGUACAGGGCGGUGUGAGGGGACUCAGGAGACUCAUGGAGAAGAGAGAGCGGACGCUCAGGCUGCUGCUGGGGAAGCGUCUGAGAAGCAGCACAACCAGGUCCAGCAACAUGAGAAGCAGGUGAGACCGAUGCUACGUCGCCUGCAGCGGUCAAACGCUGCCGAGAUUGAGCCUCUGGAGGACCUGAUUUUCCCACAGAACCCUUCAAGCCAGCUCCUGCAGCAGCCGCAUCAACAGAUCCAGCAGCAGGAGCAACAGCAGCCCACAAUCUCUCCUGCUCUGACCCCAGGCCUUGGAACCCCAUCCGCAUCAACCACUCCCCUCCCCGACCCUUUUCUGGCUGUGCCGCAGCUGCCAACCCCGUCCACCACUCUAACCACUCCGGGCAUGUCUCGAGAUCUUCUCGCACUUGAAACCCUAAUGACGCCUAUGGACCUCACUGCUACUGGCUGGUGGGCUGCUUCGGAUGCUGCUGCUGCUCUUGCUCCUGCCGGCGCUGCUGCUGCUGCUGCUGCUGCUGCUGCUGCUGCUGGCGCUGCUGUUGCUGCUGAUGCUGCUGGUGGCGCUGCUGCCGGUGCUGCUUCUGCUGCUGGUGAUGUCACUGCUGCUGCUGGUAACGCUGCGUCUGGGGUUGCUGAUUCAGGUGCUGCUGCUGGUAACCUCUCAGGUUUUUCCGCCAUGGGCCCUGGUGUUGGAGCUGGUAAUUUUGGGAUGGGGGGUUACAGUGGUUUUUCAGCGUUUGGCAAUGGCAGCGGGCACUUGUCUUUUUUCGACAGCCCGUUCAGGUUCGGCACUCCCGCUCUCGCAGGGGCCGAUUGUGGGACUGCUAAUGCCUGGACGGCUGCCGUUGUGGCUGCUGCUGCUGGUGAUCCUGGUGAUGCCGCUGCUGGUUCUGCUGCUGCUGCUGGUGAUCCUGGUGAUGCCGCUGCUGGUUCUGCUGCUGCUGCUGGUGGUGGUACUGUCGCUGGUGUUGGUACUGCUGCUGCUGUUGGUACUGCUGCUGGUACUGGUGUUGGUGCUGGUGCUGGUGCUGGUGUUGGUGCUGGUGCCGCUGGUGCAGCCACUGGUGCUUCAGCCCGUGCUUUGCAGGCUGGUUCAAGGGGCCAGUUCCGAGGGAGCGAGUGCACUGCACAGGCCAGUGGCAGCAUCAGUGAGAGUGGCAGUGAGCUGAGUUCUCCGUGCACUGUCACCACGCACACCCUCCCCACCGUCUCCAGGAGUGAUGGUGCAGAGGCAGAUGACGUGGCAGUCCGUUUUUCUGCAGGCAAUAGCGCUGAGGCAGACCUUCCAGCACCCCACCUCCCACACCAGCAGAGAUUGCUACGGCAGCCGCAACAGGGGCAGCAGCAGCAUCUAACCGCUGCUGCAGCAUCAGCGAUUGCCUCAGACCGUUUUUCCAUGCUCUCCUCUCCUCCUCUGCCGCCCGAGAUGAUGUCCGAACUCACUGAGCUGCUUCUACGCUCGGCAGUUGCCCAGCCUAGAGACUCAGGGUCGGCGCCGACAGGCUCGGAAGCAGGCUCGGCGCAGGCAGGCAGUGAAGGGAAGGAUGGAGUGUUAACUGAUUUUAGUGUAGGACAGAUCACCAGACCGUUCCAGCAACCGUCAUGGGCGACCAAGGCGCAGCAGCAGCAGAAGGAUGGAGGAAAGGGAGUGAAACAGGUUCGGUCUCCGAAGCGGAGUAGAGGGGAGGGAGAGUUUGAGGGACUGAUAAUGAUGGAAGCAGGUGCUGCUGCUGAUGGGAGUUCCAUGGAGGCAAGCCACUUGUCAAUGGAGGGUGUGGUGGUUCGGCCCUUGUCCAAGAGAAGGAGCUUUGUUGCGGAGGAGAUUGAGGAUGGUUCGGUUGGUUUGAGUGCGGUGAAGGAGAUUGCUGUGGGAGAGGAGGGAAAUGUUGGGGAGAACUCGCAGCCUGAUAUUCUCAACAUGCUGAAACAGAUAUUGGGGUGA